CAACUGUUCAGUUUAAGUUUGAAUUUCGAACUGCUAAUUGUUCAGUGCGAUCACAGCGAUUUGCGACAUUCAAAAUGUCUCUUCUACCAUACCUUUUCGACGACUGGGGUUAUAACCGUCCUCGUCGGUUGAUGGACCAGCACUUCGGCUUGGGCUUGACUCCUAACGACCUUCUAUCUGUUGCUGCUGGACCGCUCAUCAGCAGAGAAUAUUACCGCCCAUGGCGUCACCUGGCAGCCGCUGCGAGAGACGUCGGUUCGACCAUCAAAGCGGACUCGGACAAGUUCCAAAUUAACCUGGACGUGCAGCACUUCGCGCCAGAAGAAAUCUCUGUCAAAACUGCUGAUGGCUACAUCAUAAUUGAAGGAAAACAUGAGGAGAAGAAGGAUGAGCAUGGUUUCAUUUCUCGUCAAUUCGUGAGGAGGUACGCGUUACCUGAAGGCACGCAGCCCGAGACCGUGGAAUCGAGGUUGUCUUCAGACGGCGUGUUAACGAUCACAGCUCCAAGGAAUGUUCCAGAAGCCAUUAAAGGAGAGAGGAAAGUACCAAUAGCCCAAACUGGACCGGUACGGAAGGAAAUAAAAGACCAAAGCGAAGGCACCAAUGAAAAACCACAGUGAAUUUAGUUUAUAAGGUUCGUUUAAGUAUUGUUUAAGACUGAAUUAAAUACAAUUUUAAGUUCCUAA